CCCACCCCACCCCACCCCACCACAACCCGGAGGGCUUAAAUCCUCCUCUCCUUAACCACGCUUAUAUGUCAAAUCCAAACAUAAAAACAAAAUAAGAAUCGCAACAGAUUUUUUACAGAUUUUUUUUUUGUUUUGUUUCAAAGCUGCUAAACUCCUGUGUGUCGGUCGAUCAAUCGUUCAGGGUUGGGAUUUCGAGUGUGUGAAUAAUAAUUAGGAGUAGGAGGAGGAGGAGUUUGCGGCAGGCAGUGCAGGGCAGUGCAGGCAGGCAGAUAGAUGCUGCAGCUGCUGUUCGCGGUGGCGUUCUCGGCGGCGCCCCUGACGCUGUACGUGCCGCCGGUGCGGUGCCUGAACCACUUCGUGGCGGCGCUGGAGGCGAUGCUGCGCGAGGCCGCGCCCUCCUCCCUCCGCGCCUACCUCCGCCUCCGCCUCGGCUUCCGCCGCCUCCGCUUCGCCCUCCUCCGAUUCCUCCGCUGUCUAGAGGCUUGGGAGAUGUUGCGAAUUUGGUCUGGGAUGAUAGAUGGAUGGAUAGACCUGGAGCGAGGUCUAUGAAUACCUGAUUAGCUGGACUUGUAACCUGCUGGUGGGUCACUUGGGAGGUUAGGAAUAACGUAAUCUUUCGAAAGGCUCAACCGGACCUGUUUCUAACAGUCUACAAGAUCAAACAGUUGAUGAUCCUUUGGGAGCAGUCUCUUUCCACUAAUAGACACUAGAACUUUCUUUUCUUUUCUUUUUUUAGCCCGCCUUGUCGAGGCUUCUGUUAUCUCACCUUUUGUAGCUUAGUUCAUCAUUUCAAUGAAUGAAGCGAGUAGUGUGCUACCUUCCCCUCAAAAAAAAAAAAAAAUCGGUGCUCAAAACUUAUAUGUACUAUCACUUUUGCUAUCAUGGCAAGUUCUAUGGAACUUAACGAAGAUUUAUGGCAGAAA